AUGUCUUCUUGUAGCAGAACGAUCCCUGGACUGGAUGCUUCUGGGGAAGAGAAUUUUGAUGGAUUCGGCGAUACUGGAGAUAUCGAUGCAACGGAAUCACUACUGGACAUUGGGAUGGAAACAGAGGAAGAAGAGUUGGGGGAAGAAUCACCCAAUGAAGAGGACGGUGAACAGAACGGCAGUGCUGAACAUGUAGUGUUUGGUCGUGCACAGAUAUUGGAGAUGGAGUUCGCAAACCCGGAUGAGGCGUGUCGUUUUUAUGAGCAAUAUAGUCGAGCAAAGGGUUUUGCGAUGCGUCAAGGAAAGAAACUAAAGAAUAGGAAGGGUGAAAUCGUGCGAUACACGUAUUUGUGCAACAGAGAAGGAUUCAGAGAUAGAAAAUGGCUUGAGAUGCAGGAUCGAAAGAGGGAGCACAAGGUUGUUACUCGAUGUGGAUGUCAGGCAGAGAUGAGGAUAAAGCAGAAAGCCGAGAGCAACAAUUGGUAUGUGUCUCGUUUUGUUGAUGAGCAUAACCACGACCUUCUCCCGGCAAAGUUUGUGUCAUACCUGCCAGCAUAUAGGAAAAUAUCCGAUGUUGAUAGAGCCCACAUGGAGAGUUUGAGGCAGGUUGGAAUUUCAAUUCCCAAAAUUUACGAGUCUAUUGCCGCCCAGGCUGGGGGUUUUAACCUAGUUCCGUUCACAAAGAGAGAUAUGUAUAAUGUCGUUAGGCGGCAACGAGCAAUGCAAAGCGGCGAUGUGAAUGCCGCGUUACAGUAUUUCAAUGUUUGUGCAAGGAGAGAUGAUAAUAUGUAUUGGCAGUACCAGGUUGGGGCUGAGCAAAAUAUGUGUGAUCUGUUUUGGAGCGACGGGCGUAGUCAGGAUGAUUAUAAGUUAUUUGGUGAUGUUUUGGCAUUUGAUGCGACUUACGGGCGAAACAAGUACAAUUUGCCAGUGAUAGUGUUCUCCGGGGUGAACCACCAUAACCAGACAUGUGUCUUUGGCGCAGCCAUGGUGUCUUCCGAAACACAAGCAUCGUAUGUGUGGGUGUUGAGCAAGUUUUUAGAGUGCAUGGGGGGGAAAGCACCGAAGGCAGUCAUCACUGAUGGGGACAAGUCAAUGCGGUUUGCCAUUCAGGAAGUGUUUCCAGAAGCUCAUCACAGGCUCUGUGCGUGGCACCUACUAAAAAAUGCAACUGUGAAUGUGUGCAAGCCUCGAUUCACAACUCUGCUUAGAAAUUGCAUGCUUGCCGACGUGGAGGUGGAGGAGUUUGAAAGGCAAUGGGAGGCAAUGAUGGAUGAGUGUCUUGUUAGGGAAGUAGAGUGGGUAAAGGAUUUAUACACGAAGAAGAUGGCAUGGGCUACCGCUUACAUACGCGGUUGCUUUUAUGCUGGCUUGAGGACGACAUCACGAUGUGAGUCACUGCAUGCAAAGAUGGGGAGGUUUGUGGAGAGGCGAUAUGGAAUAUUGGAUUUCGUGACGAACUUCCAACGGUGUGUUGAAUUCUUGAGAGAUAAUGAGGAAGAGCUUGACUUUAGGUCGUUGUACGGGAGCCCGGUUCUUCAAACUCAGUUUCCGGAGCUAGAGAAGUCUGGUGCAGUGAACUACACGAGGGAAAUAUUCUUGCGUUUUAGAGAGGCCCUAAAAAGUAGUGUUCGGGUUACUAUCGUGGAGUGCAAGAAAUUGGAGGAUCGGACAGUUUAUGUGACACAAAAGUAUCGCAGGCCGCAAUCCAGGUGGACUGUUGCCCACCACUUUGGGACGGAUUCCUUUUUUUGUAGUUGUAUGAGGAUGGAGUCGUUCGGACUACCUUGCGUUCACAUACUUGCAGUGUUGGUCCAGUUAGACAUAGGUUAUCUUCCAAAAAGCCUGGUGUUGCAACGGUGGUCGAAGACAGCCAAAGUUGAGAUCGAGGGCCCUUCCAUCAUGAAUGAACCGGGUGAAGCGAAUGAGGUAUAUAGGAGCCGCAUGGGUGCUUUCCUGCAGCAUUGUAAGCGGUUGGCAAGAGUUGCGUGUAUGCGAGAGAGUGAUUUCAAGAGCUGCUUGGAUAGGAUAGUUGAGGAAACUUAUGUGUUGGAGAUGAAGAAUGGUGUUGGGACCGCUGCCCAAGGGAGUGCCGCCGGUGGCCAAGAUGGAGUGCGUGAUCCUGUUGCAGUUCGGACUAAGGGAACAGGGCGUGCGCAAGAGCCUUUUGGUUGUAGGGGCAUAAAGAGGCGUAAGUGCAGCAACUGUUGA